AUGGACGCGCGCGAGAUCCGGCAUGUCAUGGGACACUUCGCCACCGGAGUGACCAUCAUCACGACCAAGGACAAGGCGGGAGUCCCCACCGGGAUCACCGCCAAUGCCUUUUCCUCCCUUUCCCUGGAUCCGCCGCUGGUGCUGGUCUGCAUCGACAAGAAGGCCAACUGCUACGACUGCUUCGAGGAUUCCGGUUUGUUUGCCGUCAACCUGCUGGGCGAGCACCAGGAGCACAUCGCCAACCGUUUCGCCACCAAGGGUAUCGAGAAGUUCCAGGACAUCGCGUGGCAUAUGAGCGGCAACGAUAUUCCGCUGUUGGAUGAGACCAUCGGAUACAUCGAGUGCACGGUCGGCCCAGGCUACGACGGCGGCGAUCACACCAUCUAUCUCGGUCAGGUCAUCCACGCGCAAGCGGCGGGCGAACGGCCGCUGCUCUUCUUCAAGGGCAAGUAUCAGCGACUCCGGAAGCGGACUAGGUCAGCUUGGGGUGCCCGUGGGCGCAUGCGAUGGGCACGGGCGGGUUUGAAACCCGCCCCUACACCUCCCUGCGCGGGCACGAGCAGGGUUGAAACCUGCCCCUAA